UAUCUACUUCAUGAAGAGAGAAAAAAAAUAUGUUGUCUUUUCCGUCAAAACUUCGAAUGAAAAUAUCAUUAGGCCUGCGAUCUCUGCCACUGACAAACAAACCGAUGGCGGGUCGUGUGUAGUCACUGGAGUGCACUGAACAGAUACCAUGCUUGGGUGAGCUAUGGCAGACAUCUCAGACUACAUCAGGAAACUGGCUCACCCCAUAGUGGAGAUCCGCACCCGUGCCCUCCAUUGCCUUCUUCAGAAGGUUGAGUUAGGGCUGGUGUCUUUGGCAGAGCUGAGCAACACACACUCCACUCUUGUACCUCACCUCCUCAAACUGCUGCACCUCGGACCUCCAAGUGCCACUCCACAGGUCCUCACACUGCUGCUCUUCCUGGCUGAGGAUGAAGGUUGCAGGGCCAGGCUGGCUGGGCCUGGGGUGCGGCAACAACUGCGAGAAUUGCAUGCUGUGGCUCCUGUCGGUCUGCUGCCACAGGUCGCACUCCUCCUCAAGAAGCUUGGUCAUGCCUCACAGUCUACAGUGGAUUCAGAGGCAAGGCUUGCUGCAGCAGUGGCACCAGAGACACCAGACUCCAGCCCUCCUCACAGCCUGCUCAUUCCAGACUCACAGUGCUUUGGUGAUGAAGAGUGCACUGAGGUGGGGGCUGGUGAAGAGAACAUGUGUGACUGGACCACUGUGGAGGACUCUCAUGAUGUUGCUGCUGGUGUUAGGGAAUCACCGCUGCAGUUUGUCAUCUUUCCCUGGCAGGCACUGACAGGGAGUGACCAGCAUGUUCUGGAGUCUAGUGCACAGUCCCUCAUGAGCUCCAACACAGCAGAAGUGAAAGCGUCAUUGCUCUUUCUUGAUACCGUGGUGCUCAGGGACUUCCCUGCCGAGGUGCUGCUGCAGCGACCAGCCGUGCUGCAGGUGGUGUAUGGCUGCCUGAUGGAACAAGGAGAGGAUGCAUGGCACCUGCAGGUUCCUGCGUGUGACUUCCUGCACAGCCUGACACAACUGCUCACCUCCCGUGUGAACCACUUCCUGGACCCACACACCCGGCCUGGCACUGGCGAGGUUGUGUCAGCCACGUCAUCAGGGGUGAACAGUCCCUCCAACCAAACUCGGAUCAGCUGCUGCUCCCCACAUUCCCAGACAGCUGCUCAUCUUGACCCCCAGCUGCAGGAUCCACUAGGGGAAAGUGGCCAACCUCAGCCUUUUAGUGGGGUUGGGCAGGAGCUUCUUGGGUCAACUGUCCAUGAACAGGAUGAUGGUGAUGAGUUCAUCCUGUUGGGUCUGCAUCAGGUGACUGUUCCUGGCCAUUGUUUGCGGGUCAUGAAAGCUGCCUGUCCCUUCCUGGCUUCCCAAAGGCCAAGUCUUCAGUCAGCUUCCCUCCGCCUCAUGACAAGCUCUGUGGCACUCCUGCACAACUGUGUUAUUCCUGACUUGCUGUGGAAGUUGGAAGAGGAAGGAGAGGGCGAGGGAGAACCACUGAUACCUGAGGUCAUCACAGGAGUACAAAUGGUCAUUGCAUCCCUGUCGGAUCUCAUCCUGAGCAGCCUUGAAGCAAGAAAGGUGACAGGAGGUGAAAGGUGGGUGCUGAUAGUUCACUGCUGCUCCAUCUUGCUGCAUCAUGUCCUCACAACACUUGUGCCAGUGGAGGCUGCUGCUCAGGUGCUGGAUGAUGCUGUGUGUGAGGCUGUGGUGAUGGUGCUUUGUGAAGGUGGGUUUUUCCUGCAGCACCCACAGCAGCAUCAUUCUUUGCUGCAGUACUUAACCCAGGCUAAUGCCACAGCUGCGGAUGAGGUCAGGUGCCUGGUUUUUGCUGCCAAGUCUCUUCAGGCCACCUCAAGUUUCCUGCAGGCAUCUGACUCAGACAUCAAGGCAUUCCUUGACCUUGCUGAAAAGGCCUUACCCAGCUGUAGUGUUCUUCAGGAUGCUGCCUUCCUGGAGAGGCUCCUGCAGGGUGUUGGGAGACAAGCAGUACAAAACAGCAUAUCGGACAAGCUGCUGGACAAGUCAAGAUUCAUGGUGCUCCAGAUCCUUCAUUCUCCAAUACUAUCUGUCCGCCUCAAAGGGUACAAGAGUAUAUUAGGUCUGGCAGAACACAGUAUUGGGGCAGCUCAGACACUGGACACCAGCUGCAGCAGAUCACCAGCUGCUCUCCUCCUGUUAUCACCAGGCAUUAUCAGGUUUCUCUUGUUUGCUGGGUGUGCUGAUGAGAAUAAAGAGGUUGCCAAACUAUCAAGGGAGACCCUGCUGACCCUGCUGCUUGGUCAGCGCUUCAUGACUGCUGCGGUGUGGACUGUAGCAGCUGAGUGUUGGUAUGCAUGUCUGCCAGAUUUGCAGUGCAUGGCAGAUCCUUCCUCCUCACUGGGCCGUGCCAUAGAUCAGAUCUUUGAGGCAGUGUAUGAUCAAGACAGCCCACAGGCACUGCGUUACCAACUACAGUGUCUCUUUCUACGCCGCCAGGAGGCAAGAAGUGGCCCUUUCUUCCAUUUCUGCCAGAAACUGAACCGUACAAUUGCUGACCUUUGCUUUGACUCCCUCCUGUACAGCAUCACCAUCCACAGUGACCUCUUCAUCCUGAGGCAUCCAGUACACAUCAGCCGCACCUGCAACCUGGAGACAGAGGAGGGAGGACUGCUGAAGGUGGUGGAGCUGAUCCAGGGCAUGGGGUUGGAGGCCGGGGUGCAGAAGGCAGCUUGGACACAAUUGGCCUUUCUUCUUGAGGACCCAAACCUUCACAAGUCAUUUCUAAGGCUGUGUUCUCUCCCGUUCCUGGUGCAGACCUUCCUCAACAUGCUCAGGCGAGGGCAGAGCGAGAAUGUGAGUGUGGAGUGUGUGCCUCGGGUGGUGGAGAGCCUGAGGCUGCUGGCCACACACUCAGAGGAAGUGCGGUUCAGUCUCCUCCAGCACUCCACCUUCCUUCUGGCUCUGGUGGGAGCAACUCUGAUUUUCUAUGAGGACACACGCAUGAGGAGCCAAGCUGCAUGCCUCAUGGCCCUUGUGCUUUUCCAAGACAUCAUUGGGUUCAGUGAUGGUGCAAAGGCAGGUGUGGCACAGUUGCCCUCAGUGCCACAGCUCUUGGCAGAGGGUCUUCACUUGCCUUUCAUCCAUCAGACACGACCAUGGGUGGAGGAUACAGGACUGUGUAGUGAGAUGAGGACAGUUCAUCACCUAAUAAAAGAAGGUGUGUGGCCUGUUCAGGAGUUCCUGGGAUCAGUGUGGGGAGCAUCCCAGGCUGGAGGGAUGGAGUGGCUCUCCUCUCAGCACUGCCUCAACUCCAAAGACUCUGGCUCCCUCCUGCUGAGUGAGAGAAAUAUUGGAUGGCUCAAGCUGUCCACAAUGGCCUUGGCCACAGCCUCAGCCUUGAGAAAUGUGGAGAAUGCCACCUCCCACCAUAGUGUCAUGAGGAAUGUGGCUGCCCUCAGCUUCAGGGUGCAGCAGAUGGGCCUCACUGGUGGCUGGGAUGAGGGCUUCUUCACAACACCCACGUGGAGGAGGAGCUUCCAGCGCUUCCUGACAGCUGAACCAAAUUCUUUGGUUGAUGAACAGCUUCUUGUGCAUGUACUGCAGUGCCUUUGCAUCUGCCUCAAGGCACACUCUCCUGGCCUCAAGCAGCAUCAGGACACUUGCCCUCCCCUCAUCAAAUUCUUAGUUACUGAACUGACCAGCCCUUCCACUGCCUUGCUCCAAACCCUCAGCAAGACAGGAGGUACCAGCUGGGUUGCCUGUGACUAUAGUGUGCAGACUGUGCAGUCUGUGAAGCUGUUCCGUGCUGCUGCUGGCCUUGUGAGCUGCACCCUCUCUGUUCUGGCAGACUGUGGUGCAGGUUCUAAAGUAACUGGUGAGAACCUGUGGGACACUCUAGCAGCUGCUGUCACCACCACACUCCUCCCCAUACUCACUGCCAAUAAUGACCUGCAGCACUAUAAUCUUGCUGUGGUGGGGAUGGCUCUGGAGGUUCUGCUUGGUGUUACACUUCAUGGCUGGCCAGGCCUGGAGUUGGCAUCCCAUUUGAUCUCUAACUCAAUAAGGCUGAUCAGUACUUUUCAUCUGGGGCGUGGCUGUGCUCAUAAUUCCUAUGUGGGCCGCAAGGUGACCCUCAGCUCCUCCCUGCUGUUGCUCCAUCUCUUCUCCCAGCCUGCCAUUGACUUCACACAGGUCAUCCAGGAGGCUUCUGGUGAGGACUCUUUGUCCUGGUUGGUGUCCCUGUGGGUGUACCGGGAUCCUCUGGUGGCCAGCUGUGGCCUAAAUGUGGCAGCUGCCAUGGCUGGCCACACCUCCCUCCUUCACUGCGGUCUUACCCAGGUGUCAGGGGGAGUGUGGGCAGCUGCUCUCAGUUACUUCCUGCCUGAGGGUCGCAGCUGCCUUGUGAGAGCCUCAGCAGCCUUGCUUCUGAUGCAGCUGAUGCAGACCAGCCCGUCACCUAGCAGUCCCUGGCCGUCACCUGUGGUGGCUGAUGUCUGCACUGGGGAGUCUGUAGAUGGCCUGGAAGGGUUAGUGGCUCUCCUACAGCACUGCAACUUCUACAGUCUAGUGCUGACCUCACUGUCCCACUUGAAUGAGGGGCUGGGCCAGGCUAGACCACCACCACCCACCCAGGAGUGGGACCUCUCUCUCAGCUGCCUGAGCUCCUAUAGUGCAGUGGACAGGGAAGGGGAGAAAGGACAUCAGGACCUGACUUCCAUCCAGUUGUAUGAGGCCACUCUAAAGCUGCUGGUUAACCUAGUAUUGCUUGGCUCUAGUCAUGUGGUACCACAACUGUUUUCCCAUGGCCUGGUGACCUUGGUGGUAACACAGCUACGCUACCUGUUGACAAACAUAAAAUCUUCACAGUCAUAUCUACGAGCAGCAGAGGUCAGCUUGGUGUUGCUGAGAGCAGUACUGAGAGAUGAGCCUGCCCAGGCAGCCACCAUUGCCAGGGAUACAGGGCUGGAGCACCUGGCUCUGGGAGUGCUGGCUGCUGACCUCCUGCCUUUGACCAGUUUGGAGGUGCUGGCAGCCCUGCUGGCUGGAGGAGGUUGGGGAGCAGUGCGAGUGGUAGAAUGGGUUGCUGCAUGCCCUAGCUCCAUCCUGUGUCCAGUGGUGGCUGCCCUCCAUGGCUCAACUCCAAGCUGUUUGCAGACUGCUGCUGCCAGCUUCUUAAUUGGCCUGACACAAGUUGUCCUCCAUGGUAGGGAGGCUUCACAUCUGAGCUUGGGUGCGUCCCUGACUGGAGCUUUAGACACGGCAGCAGAAAUGCCUGGUGGCAAAGCACUGUGCCCAGGCUGGGAGCUUUGCAGACAUCUUAUUCAGCUGGUGAGCAACAUCCAGCCAGUACAGGAACCUGCCAGCCUAAGACAUCUGUUGCUGGAAUGUAUUAAACUGUUGCUGCUUGUAAGCCAGAGUGCCAGAGAAGCAGCCUUCCACUUGCGACUUAGCUUACUUCCCACCUUGUCCCAGCCACUCCAGGUCCUUCAGCAAAAGCUGAUUACAGUGAACCUUCACAUUACUGGAUACAUGUUGCGGUGCAAGGAAGUGAAAGGGGAGGUCUUGGCAAGCAUCCAGAGCUUAGGGGUGGCCACUAAUUGGAUCAUAGGGGGAAGUGGAAUAGAGGAUGUGUGUGAGGCUCUAUUGAGCAAGCUACAUCCCCUCUGGACACCUGCACAGCAUACUCCUCCUUUCUUGAAGGCUUUGUUAGAGUUUCUUCUGAGUUCAGCAGCAAUGCACCAAUGCUGUGUGUUGCUUACACGCACCAGUGCCAUGCCUGGGCUGUCAGUGAGUGCCUCCCGCACCCGCUGGCCUCUCCUUGGCUGUGUUACCACCUUGGUCUGCCAACAGUUAGCCAAACUCUCUGGAAGGACUGGGACUCUUUCCUCCUGCUUUCAGACAUUGUCAAGGGAUCAUCUUGACAUUGCACUUUCAAUACUCACCAACUGCGCACGAGUGCCAGAGUGUAUUGUUGUCAUGAACAAGCUGGAUUUGGUAGGCAGUGCCAUGAAAUGGUUGCAAUGCCGGACAGCUUUGCAGGAGGGUGUGGCCAUCACCUCCAAAAUAGCAUCACUUCUAGCUCUGCUCACCACCCACCAGGAGUCCCGGACAGCCCUACUCAAGUCAAGACACUGGAUUGCCACUGUACAAGAACUGAUAGGCCAUGAGGUGCUGCAGCUGGCUGCUCUGAGAGUGGCAGCCAACAUGGCUUUGGGACGCCACUCUGUCUCGGCCCUACUGGAGCCAAGCAGCUUCAUGGAGACACUCCUGAAAAUGUUGGCUCAGGAGGGAAAGAAAGAACAAAGUUGUGAAGUGGUACUGAUCAUUGUGUGGGCACUGAUUGCUAACAACCAGAGAGCAAAGGCUGUCAUAAGGCAAAGUCCUCUCCGCCCUCUACUACAACACCUGGCAGAGACAGCAUCUGGCAGAGGAGCAGACCUGGCCUUGAAAACAUUGCAUAUUCUUGAGUGAGGUGUGUAUGUGUGUUGAGAGAUGGAGAGACUUUACUGGCUGAAUGUUUCCAAAAAUGUGCUUCCAGUAAAUGUAAGUACCACUAUCAUUGUAUCAUAUAAUCAUUAUCACCAUUCUAGUCAUAUUACCAUGUAAACAGGUAAUCCAACAUCUGACAGGACACUCAGUGUACUGUGCCAGUCAGACUAUAAUGAAUGCUCUCAUUGAAAACUUUAGACCACUGCCAGCAUGACCAGUCACUCUUUGAGACUUGUAGGUACUUAGGUAUCCUCUUAUCAAGCUUGCUGUGUUCUCUUGAUGUUGGGUCUGGUUGACACAAAUUUACAUUUUCUUUUCUCAACUCACAUGUGUGUACGUGUGUGUGUGUGUGUGUGUGUGUGUGUGUGUGUGUGUGUGUGUGUGUGUGUGUGUGUGUUUGCUACAUUAUAUAUACUUAUAUGUCCAAAAUCUAUGAAUGAGUAAUAUAUUUUGUAUAUUUUUAUAACAUGUUAAUAAAUUUAUGUAUAUGAA